GCACAAUCUGCGCCACCAUUAUUAGACCCAACACUCCAACAUGGCCACCUUCACCAACCAAGCCUCCACUUUCCAAGCCACCCUCCUCAGCCUCUUCGCGGGCAACCCCUCCGACACCGACACCGAUCUAGCCAAAAUCUUCCCCCCCACCUUCACCCAGCGCGACGACCACACCACCCGCGACUUCACCGGGUUUGUCAAACACAUGCAAUGGGACGGUCAGUGCCGCGGAGACAUUUCUGUUCGCGGAAGUGGCGGAUGAUGGACGUAUUGCUUGGAUUGUGGAGACGGUGAAGGCGGUGCAUUGAUGCAGCGGAGAUGAGUUGCGAUGUUAUUAGGGUUACACUCGAGCACUGGUACUAUAGAUGAAGUGGGCAGCUGCCAAGGUGCAAUAUGCAAUGGACGGGGCUUCCGGCGGGUAUUGUAAUGAGGUAGUAUCGAGGAG